CCCUCGUGAGGUUAAACGGCAUACUCGGUCUCAUUGCUCUGACAGUAGCUUCGACAUUUCGGGCUCAUUUUACCAUCUCUAAUAAAAACAAAUGCAUCAAGUGCUCUUUUUUAAAACCUACGAAGGAACGACGGAAGUGAGCGAGGAGGUGUUUUUCCGAGGUGAACACAGAAGACGCCAUAGAAGAUGAACCACUGCUAUGCCAAGAUGGCGGCGUCCAGUCAAAGAGAAGGAGGAAGAGAAUCAUCAACGGAGAAAAAGCCCCAAACUGCAGAUAGCGACAUCAAGCAGCUGAUUGGUCACCAAGAAGAAAGUCCCCCUCUUCCAAAGGGGCGGAGCUUCACUUGGAAGCAGGAGGACCGACAAACCCCCCACGUUAAAGAGGAAGAGGAAAAACUUUGGAUCACUCAGGAGAGAGAGUGUCUUCUAGAGCCAGAGGAGCCUGAUCUCGCCAAGUCGCCACUGACUGGUGUCUCUGUGAAGACUGAAGACCAUGAAAACGUUAAAGAGGAAGAGGACGAAGUCUGGAUCACUCAGGAGGGUGAGUGUCUUCUUGGGACAGACGGGGCCGAUUUCACCAAGUUGCCGCUGACUGUUGUCUGUGUGAAGACCGAAGACCAUGACGACGAACCACCUGAGUCCUCACAGCUUCAUCACAGUCCAAGUGAGGAGAACCGAGGCAGCAGCUCACCACAACACAUGACAACAGAAGCUGAUGGAGACCAAGCAGACAACCUCUUAGCUCCGCUAUCAGAUAGCGAUGACGCAACAUCACACUCUCCUGAGGAUGAAGACUGGGAUAACACCCAAGAACCUUUGAGCAGCGAUACAGACUGGGAAGGUGAUACGAGGACUCAAACUGGCAACAAAUGCUCUGAAAAGACGACAGGAACGAACCAUUUCACCUGCCCAGUUUGUGCUAAGAUGUUUCCUUAUAAGCGUGAGUUAACUGUACACAUGCGACAACACACAGGAGAGAAACCGUUUGAUUGUUCUGUUUGUGGACAAACAUUCUCUUAUAAGUCAAAUAUGGUACGACACACGAGGAUGCACACGGGAGAAAAACCAUUUUGUUGCUCAGUUUGCGGUAAAAGAUUCAUUCACAAGUCCGAUAUGGCAUCGCACAUGAGAAGGCACACGGGAGAAAAACCCUUUAGUUGCUCAGUUUGUGGUAAAAGCUUUUCUCACAACUACAGUUUGACGUAUCACAUGCUGAAACACAUGGGAGAUCACAUGCUGCAAAACCGAGGAGAAAAACCGUUUGCUUGUUCCGUUUGUGGUCACAGGUUCUCUCAAAAUGGUACUCUCGUAUUACACAUGAGAACACACACAGGGGAAAGACCUUUUAGUUGCUCGGUUUGUGGUAAAAGAUUCUCUCGCCAUCAAAAUAUGGACGUACACAUGAGAACGCACACAGGAGAAAAACCUUAUAGUUGUUCUAUUUGUGGUCAAAGAUUCGCCCUGAAGUCUGUUUUGGUGUCACACACAAGAACGCAUACAGGAGAAAAACCUUUUGGUUGUUCUGUUUGCGAUCAGAGAUUUUCUCAAAAGUCUGCUAUGUUAUCACACAUGAGAAGACACACGGAAGAAAAACGUUUUAGUUGCUCCGUUUGUGGCCAAAGAUUCUCUCAUAAGUCGAGUGUGAAACCGCACAUGAGGACGCACACCGGAGAAAAACCUUUUAGUUGUUCAGUUUGCGGUCAAAGAUUCUCUCAAAAUGCGGCGAUGGUCAUACACAUGAGUACACACACUGGAGUCAAACUUUUUAGCUGCUCAGUCUGCGGUAAAGGUUAUUGUUAUAAGAAAAGGUUGACGACACACAUGCAGACACACAAUGGAGAAUAAAAACGGUUUGUGCUAAAAGAUGCUAAAGUGUAAUAUCACAUGUGAGAAGCUUGCAUAGAAAGAUGAUCUGCUGUGUGUAUGAUAUCAGAUUCCCUCAUGAGUUAAUGUGCUGUUCAUAAGGGCAGCGACACAAACCUGAUUGGUUGAGAGCAACUUGGAGUUUCUCCACAUUUUCCUUCUGUCGGACUCCAGAAAAGUACAUCAGUGAUCAUGAAGUUUUGUUUGUGUUGCAUAACGUUGCACCGGUGUUUGAAUAGCGGCUUCUGUCGGCAGUGGAGGCGUGUCCUAAUACAUGCUUUUCUUUUUAACUGUUUCAUUUUAGAACAUAAGUGUCAUGUCUUACAUCAGGAUAGUGGAUGAUAGGGCAAAAUGACCCAAAAUUGCACUUUUCCUUUUAAGGAAGAAUGUCUUAAACGGCCAUGAUCUGGUGUACAUUUUCCUUCAAUGGAAAAACAGGGUUUAAGGUUGUGCAGGGGUGUCAAACGGUAGUGGUUAUGUGAGAGCGAGAGAGGGUGGGGGUUUUAGUAUUUAUAUUGUUUGUAUUUGUGACAAAAGGCAAUGCAGUGUGUGUGUUUUUACUUAAAAAGAACUUGAUAUUUAAUAUUUUUAUACUGCACUCUCAAGUGAGAUUAUUCAUAUACAUGGUUAAAAAGGUCCUAUUUUAGGACUUUCAAGUUUGUGUGUGUAUACAAUUUCAAUUUAAAGCCAAGAGUGAAUAUAGCUGUACCACUAGCCACGUAUACAUGGACCCAAAUAUUCCAAUUCCAUUCGGUUUAUUUACCUUUGUAUACACCUCAUUCCCAAAGAAAAGUGCCAAUCCGAAUGAAUAUAUAAUGGGAUUCCCAGGGGUGGAAUAUUCCUUUCCACAAUCUGAUUGAGGUAUCUUGUAUUUGUCCAAAUAUUGAAAAUGCAUAUUGUAGCAAUUGGUCUUAAGAUUUUUGAUCAGGUCUGUACGUUGCCAGAUGUUGAAUAUGUUGCAUAUGGCGUGUGUUAAAGAUUAAUAAAUAUAUAUUUAGAGUAA